AUGCCCGUUGUGAUGGCCGCCGUUCACUUCCACCGAGGCGGCCGUCGUCCGAUGGUGCAGCGUGCGUGGCGUGGGCGUGGUGGUGUUGGUGGUGGGGGCGGGCGGCGGCGACGAGGGCUGACUCCCACCGUUCGCGUCCGGCACCUCUUGCGUGGUGAUGUGGGGGAUCUGGUGCUUCACCGUGUCCGUGUCCGAAAUCAGCCUGAAGAAAUGCGGAGGGAUUAG